CAAAAAUCGACACAUUCACGUCUCACCUUCCAUACCGUGUUCGACCGCGCAGCUUUCGCCGCACGCUCAUUUACGAUUUAAAUUAUAAAAGUAUAAACAAUAUUCUAAAUUUAAAUUAAAGUGACACGUUCUGAAAUAUAUCUUGUAUAAUUGUUCUUUUUUUUGUGUAUAUCUGUGCAAAAUGGUUCGCAAAAUCAGUGCGCUUUUAUGUUGCCUGUGCGUUUUUGGUAUUUCGUUGAGUGAUAGCGCGAUAUCUUCCGAUAAUGAAAAAAGAUGUCGGAAUCCACCCACCGCUCCUCAAAAGAUAGAAAGGGUUAUAACCUUAUGUCAAGAUGAAAUCAAACUGUCCAUACUUCGUGAGGCCCUGGACGUCAUUAAAGAGGAGCACACCAUGCCGGCAGAGAGGCGGCGAAACAAGCGAGAGGUCCCAUUUUCCCAUGACGAAAAACGAAUCGCUGGAUGUUUGUUGCAGUGCGUCUACCGAAAAGUGAAAGCUGUGGACAGUUAUGGCUUCCCAACCCUUGAAGGUUUGGUGGGACUGUACUCUGAUGGUGUGAACGAGCGGGGAUACUUCAUGGCCGUACUGGAGGCGUCCAGAGAGUGCCUCAUGAGAAACCACGACAAAUUCUCAAGGACAAUGCCCAUGGAUAAUGGCCGAAACUGCGAUGUCUCAUUUGACAUAUUCGAGUGUAUAUCCGACCGGAUCGGCGAAUACUGCGGCAACUCUGGACUCUGAACACCACAACUCUGCUUAUUAUAAGCUUUUGUUACCGACUGUCUUUUCUAUCUGAAUUUAGUGGUAGAUUGAUGAUCCUCUAUGUAAAUGCUGUUAUUAUUUUGUUUAGGGUACAUUACAAGUGCUGAAGCAGUUAGACCCAUUACUAACUAUCCUUGCCUCCCUCUCCUCCCCCUCAGCAAGAUGUCGGCGGAUUAUACGAAAAAGCAUAUUACGAUUCAUAUGAAAUGGCUUUUGAAGAAAAGUAAAGAAGUGGCUUUUUAAAAUCACUUUUGUAUUUCCAGUCUGUUAUAAAUAAUCCUUUGAUAAUAAUAUUAUUAUUACUGCCAGUAAAAAAAAUAAAUGUUAAAAAAAGUAUAAGUUUUUCAUUGAUUGGUAAUUGAUAAUUCAAUUACCAAUUAGAUAAUUCGAAUUUGGUUUAUUUGAACUUUAACUGAAUUGUAAAUUGACCAUUUGUUCUAUGUAGUUUAGUUAUUCUAAAAGUACUGAAAAUCGAAUAGAAUUGUCGACGUGCAUAUACGUGCAUGCACGAAUACGGUACCUACUCCUUAUGUUACUUUACAUUAAAAAAAAAUGUUUUUUGUGUUUUGCUUUACACCACGUUUAGAAAUUUAGAUUUAGUUCUGCCAAAUUAUAUUACCUAAUAUUUUUUAUCAUAAUAAAUCAUAUUCAUAUGAACAAUACAUAAUGAUCAUCAGUUAUUCAAUUUACACGCUUCGUAUUAAUAUAAAAUUAUAUAUUUUAUUUAUAUUAAAAUUCAUAUAAGUAAUUUUAAAUUUUAAUAUAAAUAUAAUAUGUCGUGAUUAAGUUAGUUACCAGACGAAUAUAUAUAAGUAUAAAUGCUCUGUAAAUUGUUUAGGUUAAGUAGACAUAUUGACUAAAUUGUGAUGCUCAGUAACUAUUAGCUAAAUAAUCUAAUAAAAUAUAACACUGCCUUUAAUAAUAAAUUUUCUUUAGGUAAAUAUUGUAAUUAAAUUUCUCUGCUAUUCUGUCUAAAUCCUCACGUAAAUUUCAAAAAAUAAUUUUCAUUUUUAAUCAAAAUUUGUUUUAACAAAUUUUGAUUAAACUAUUAUUCUAUACAUUUUAAAAUUCAUGAUUUGGUUUAUAUAUUACUAUUAAGUAAAACUUAUUACGUCCAAAAUUAUCUUAAUUUUAUGAAAUUUAUAGUAAAUAUACAACUAUUUCUUCAAAUGUCAAUGUUGCACAAUUUUAUGAUAUCAAUCUCAAAUGAAAAUCAUGUAAAAUUGUUAAAAAAAUUAUUACCUAAUUUUUAUGAAAACAUAAUAACAUUACCUGUCUUUUCUCUUAAAUUAGUGAAAUCUUAAUGAACUGAUAGAUUAAUAUUAGCUGUAAGCUGUAUCCAAUAAAUGAUUGUACAUAAAUAACAAA